AUGCUGCAGUCGCUCGCGGGGCCCUCGUGCGCGCCGCUGGUGGAGCGGCACCGCUCGGCCUGGUUCUUCGGCUUCCUGGUGGCCGGCUACCUGCUCUACCUGGUGUUCGGCGCCGUGGUCUUCUCGUCAGUGGAGCUGCCCAACGAGGACGUGCUGCGCCAGGAGCUGAACAAGGCCAAACGGCGCUUCCUGGCCGAGCACGAGUGCCUGAGCGAGGAGCGGCUCGAGCGCUUCCUGGCGCGCGUGCUGGAGGCCAGCAGCUAUGGCGUGUCCGUGCUCCGCAACACCUCGGGCAACUGGAACUGGGACUUCAGCUCCUCGCUCUUCUUCGCCAGCACCGUGCUCUCCACCACAGGUUAUGGCCAUGCGGUCCCCUUGUCUGACGGGGGGAAGGCCUUCUGCAUCAUGUAUUCAGUGAUCGGCAUCCCCUUCACGCUCCUGUUCCUGACGGCGGUGGUCCAGCGUGUCACCCUCCACAUCACCCACAGGCCUGUCUCCUACAUCCACACACGCUGGGGCUUCUCCAAGCAUUCUGUGGCCCUGGUGCAUGCUGCCGUCCUCGGCUUCUUCACUAUAUCCUUCUUCUUCAUCAUCCCUGCUGCCAUCUUCUCCGUCCUGGAAAAGGACUGGAACUUCCUUGAAUCCUUCUAUUUCUGCUUUAUUUCUCUGAGCACCAUUGGCCUCGGGGACUACGUUCCGGGAGAAGACGACAAUCAGAAGUUCAGAGCGCUGUAUAAGUUCGGAAUCACAUGCUACUUGAUGUUCGGCCUGGUCGCCAUGCUGGUGGCCCUGGAGACCUUCUGUGACCUGCGUGAGCUGAAGAAUUUCCGGAAGCUGUUCUACGUGAAGAAGUUCAGUGACGAGGACCAGCUGCACAUCUUGGAGCAUGACCAGCUCUCCUUCUCCUCCAUCUCAGACCAAGCAGCUGGCCUCAAAGAGGACCAGAAGCAGAACGAGCCCUUUGUGGCCACCCAGUCACCAGCCCUCAUGGACACCUCUGCUAACAACUAA